UCCCUCUCUCACUCUCUCCCCGCUCCGAAGUUUUACGCGCGCGCGCAGUAUUUUACUCCAUCCUUGAAAAAAGUUGUACUUACAUGACUGUGGUGUUGUUGAUGAUGGUGCUGGUGAUGCAUUAAUGGUGGCGGUGGUGGUGGUGGUGGCAACAAAGAAGCACCAGUGGUGGCGGUGUUGGUGGCACCAGUGCCAGUAGCAUGCUGAUCACUCAGAAGUAUCAACUCGAUUUUCCAUUUUGCAUUUUCGCCCCAGCGUUCGACCUUCAAACACAGCAGCAGCAGCAGCAGCAGCAGCAAGCACGUACAGUAUUAGUACUUACUGUGUUAAUGCACAACACUCCGCAGCAUGAUUGUGCUCAGAAUAGAGUUUCCCCACCCCACCUCACCCCUCUCUCUGUAUACCACUUACUUGCUGUCGUACUGCUUGAAAUAUAUUGUCCAAGUGAUCUGAUGGUGAGAAUGCGACUGUGGAUCUUCGACCGGCCAUGUUGUUGUUGCUGUGUAAUGAACCAUCAUUGCUGUUGCUGUUGCCAUCUCGAAACCGCGAAGAAGGUGCUGGUGCUGGUGGAAGCGCUUGUUGCAUUAUAUAACUGUCUCGGGAUUGCUUAUGCGUUUCUUUACAGAGUGCUGUGUAUGCUACUGAGAGUGUUCGUUGUUAUGAGUGAGAUCAGCAAUUGCCCCCAAAGACACAAAAGCGGUGUGCGCAAAGGAAGAAAGAAGGAAGGAAGAAAGAAAGAAAGAGAGAGCGAAUGCCCGGCUCUUUUCGUCAAGGAAAUAAGGGGAUUAUUAAGAAGAAAGAAGAAAAAGUUCAGAAGAAGUUGUGGGCUUCUUCACAAUAUUAAGAGCCACUUAAACAGAGGAGAGAGAGAGAGAGGGGUUGGGGUAUAUAAGAAAAGAAGACAAACAAAUAUACAGAAAUGUAAAGCGUGCGCUGCUUUCGUAACGGGGUCCGUCCGUAGUCUCGCUCUAUCGUUCGAUUCGCUUUGUCCGUCCGUACCCGUAGUAUUAUUAUGCGCCGGUUAAACUGAAGAAAACCCGAUUCAAAGGGUUGGGGCCAAAAGAGAUGGGCACUUGAAAAAUAAGAGGCGUUCAAAUGACUUUUGCGAAUGCUGCGUACAAUUGAACAAGAGCAAGAAGUGCAAAAAAUUACAAGAAAAAGAAGAAGGAAAAAGAAAGGCCUUUGUAUGUCCUGCAACCCGCCUCCUCGCCCUCCCCGGGACCCUACUAUUACUACUACUACUACUAAAACCAGCUGAGGCUGUUGGCAUAAUUAAGUGUCCUCUUGGUUUCGUGUCCCGCCUACUUUACAUGCAGCCA